UCUUACAGACAAAUUUAGAUUUGACCAUUUAUUAUCCCGACCUUCCCUCCUCAUGACAUUUCAAUCAUCUUUUUCCGUACUCGAUUAUAGAAAAUUUCAUUUUGUAUUUAGCAUUAAAUUCUAGCAACUGCGGAUAAUGUUCUUGAUUAUCUUCAGUUGCAGCCAGUGGCCUUUGUAGAAAACCUCUAUCGAAGAAGGGGUUUAGGCGCAAUUUAGCUGUCAAAAACCACAUUUGUUAUAUCUAAAGCAAGAUCUGUCUCUUUUUGUGACAUAAAAGAUGGCUCCUAGACUGACAUGAGAUGCCCUGUAAGGAUGUACAUUGUCAAAAUAUUUCAAUGAAUUUUUAUUUUGCAUUCAUCCUUGCCAUUUUGUGACUCUGUAAAAUUCUAGAAAAUUUCUGUAGACUUAGCCUAGCUUUUUUCGUUUCUUGAAUGUUUAUGUAACUGUUCUUCGUAGAAUUUAUACUUAAAGCAUUAUUGUAUGAUACAUAUUUCAAUCAAAUGAGAAAAAUAAUAAUUUUGAUAUCGAAGAAUUAACUGUAAUCCUCGUUAAGUCGUUGAAAUGCUAAAACUCUUCCAACUUUAGAUAAAUGCGAACGCUCUGACGAAAUUUGCUACGUAUGUCCCUAUUACGUUCUAUCAAAAUGCUAAGUCGUGGGCUAUUUUGAAGAGUUGUAACAUUUUGAUUAAAAAAUAUACUGUCUCAUUAACCUUUUGUAAGCCUUUACAUUACAUUUUUAACUAUUUCUUUGUAUAUGUAUUUCAAAUAUCUUGUUAUUGUUUUAUGAAUAUUAAUGUAAUGUACAAGUUUAAGUUGGGAAACCGUAUGUUUUUUAAGUUUGUCAAAAGUUCUGUGAAGUACUCAAUGGACUCGUUGAGAAGCUGUUUGAUUAUUUAUUUUCUUUAACUCUCCUACUGCAGUAAUUUUUACUGUGAUUCUUGCCGGCUUUAUUAUUUAUUGGAAGGUUUAGGGCAUUGAAUAUGCAAAAAUGGGUUAAAGCUUAAAACCAUUGUUCACUAGGCUGGCCGAAGAAGAAAAAAUUUACAUUUAUUUUUGGUUUUAACGAACCCUCACCUUGAUACCGAGGCUGUCGGUUUUUUCCAAGAUGGCCUCUCUACUGGAGCACUUUAUUAUAGCCACACUUCUUGCUCUUCUAGCCUAUACGAACAAGGAGAGAAUAAGAAAAUACUGGCAUUCUCGUGAAGAUGAUGCUCUUCUUGGCCUUGACUUGGCCAUAGAGAAUGCAUCGACGAACUUUGCUAAGGUUGCUGUUGGGGUGAAUGCAAAUGUUGAUGUUAUUGUGUCAGCUAUCAAUGUUUUAAAGCAAGUUGGAAUAAGACCUAGCUUAAAUUCACAAGACCACAAUGCGAUUGAAACUGCAGGGCAAUUGGAGGAAUGCUUUCUGUACCAUUUUAAGAAAUGUGCAGCUGCAGAAAGAUUCAUUGCCUCAGAGGAAUUAUUUGAUCAGUUAAUUAAAGCAUCAGUAUCUCUUGAAAAUGCAAAGUACUCAGUUGGUGGGAAUUCUGCAUUGAUGGGUUUGAAAAUGCUUUAUUCAAGCCCAAACAGUACAAUCCUACUUGGUGGCCCAGUUGGCCCACGUCUCUCAGCUUUGUUAGAUGAAAGGAUUCAAGUACCAAAUUCAGUGCUGCAGAAAGUUGACCAAUACCACAUCAUAUUAGAGUACAGAGAUGGUGAUGAAUGGGGAGGUGUAGUUUCAAAAUGCUCGAAUAGAUUCAUUCUUACAAGAGACAUGCCCAAUGCCAGAAUGAUGUCAAUGGAAGCCUUUUUCAGCAGCCUAAUUUCCUUCCAGCCAGAUCUGAUUGUUAUAUCUGGUCUUCAUUUACUCGAGAGCGAAGAUGAAGAAUUCCGAUACACGAGAAUAAAAGAUUUAGCAAAGCACCUGCAGUUGAUGAAUGCAAAGAUUCCAAUUCAUUUGGAGCUAGCUAGCAUGGUUAAGGUUGAUUUUCUGCAGCUGAUCGCGUAUGAAAUAUUCCCAUUGGUGGAUUCCUUAGGACUUAAUGAACAGGAAUUGGCUUUUAUUACUGUAGCUCUUAAUGGACCUCACCGUAAAGACGGGGAUUUGCGCCAAUGGCCUCCUGAAAUAGGGGUGAUGAGUGACAUAUUAUAUUGGACUUUGGAGACUUUUGGGAAAGAUUCAAAACAACAAGCCCAGUCGAGACUUACAAGAAUCCAUUUCCACUGCCUUACAUACCACAUCAUUGCUGUUAUGCCUCGUUUCUGGUCCAAAAGUGAAGUGGCAGCGGCUGCAGGCUCAUCUGCUGUAACACGACAAGCUUGUAACCAUGACAGCAUACUCAUAAACGAGGUUGAGCUGCGUACUCCAGAAUACUUUGCCAGAUCUGUGAAUGAGUGGACACUUCGGAGAAAUCUUGUGAAGCAUGAUCAAGCAAAUCCUAUCACAUCUUGGUCAAGAAACAAAAUCGAUUUCCAUUUUAGCGCCGUUCUUGUCUGUAAAAAACCGAAGCGAACUGUUGGAUUGGGUGACUGCAUCUCGGGUACUGGACUUCAAUAUUCCAAGUUUAAUGGCCCAUUUAAAUAGUCUUUUAUUGGUCCAAAGUUGAUUUAGAGAAUGCUCGACUAAUACCAGCACUAGGAUAGAUCAAGGUAUACCGAAAUUGUAGCGUAAGAUACGAAUUACCUCUGCUGCCAGAAAAUGAUUUUUGGCUUUUGAAUUUAGCAAAUACAGAUUUACGAAUUUCCUGUGCUACAAGAAAACGAUUAUUUGAAAUUCAUUUUUUUGAAUAGCAUUUAUUUAUUCACCUGUUGCUCUUUUU